UCUCCCCAAUCAUUGAUGAACAACACGAACGCGAACAAGAUCAAGAACAAGAACAUGAACGGGAACAUGAAGUCGAUGAAUGACCAUAACAAUGGCUGGUUGGGAUUCUAUGGGAUACCCGACUCUGCUGCUGCUGCUGCUGCUAUGCACCUAAAAUCUGACGCCUCUCUCUGUCUCAUGGGGCCUCUUUCAACAUCCCAAAAUCAAGGGAUAGUGCCGAAUUCAUCACCGAAGCUCGAGGACUUUCUCGGCGGUGCAACAAUGGCGGACAGGGAACAUUCAUUGGACCUUCAAAAUCAAGAACAUCACCACAUUUUGAUUCAAAAUUCCCAUCCUUACUACUCUGCUUUGGUUCCUUCCGACCCACAAAUUCUUCCAAUCGACGAAAACGAACUCCGUUCCCUUAGAAACUGGGUCUCUCCUCCCUACUACGCCGCCACUCCCCAUAAUACUCUGGAGCAGCAUAUUACCGGCGGUGGCGGUGGUUCUGCCUCCAUUGCCGGAAUGAGCUCCGGGGAACUCCAAUCAUUGAGCUUAUCCAUGAGUCCAGGUUCUCAAUCAACCUCGUUCUCUGCUCCCGGUCAGAUCUCUUCCACCGCCGCCGUGGAAACAAAGAAACGAGGCCCUGGGAAACUCUGCCACAAACAACCCGUUCACCGUAAAUCCAUUGAUACUUUUGGCCAACGAACCUCCCAAUAUCGCGGAGUUACAAGACAUAGAUGGACAGGGAGAUAUGAAGCUCAUCUAUGGGAUAAUAGCUGCAAGAAAGAAGGGCAAACAAGGAAAGGAAGACAAGUUUAUCUGGGAGGAUAUGAUAUGGAAGAGAAAGCUGCAAGAGCUUAUGAUCUUGCCGCUCUCAAAUAUUGGGGACCCUCCACUCAUAUAAAUUUUCCACUGGAGAAUUAUCAGACCGAGCUGGAAGAGAUGAAGAACAUGAGCCGCCAGGAAUAUGUUGCCCACUUGAGAAGGAAAAGCAGUGGCUUUUCGAGGGGCGCUUCAGUGUUCCGUGGAGUCACAAGACAUCACCAACAUGGUAGAUGGCAGGCCAGGAUUGGGCGAGUUGCUGGAAAUAAAGAUCUUUAUCUUGGAACAUUUAGCACGCAAGAGGAAGCAGCUGAGGCAUACGACAUAGCAGCAAUCAAAUUCCGCGGCGUAAAUGCAGUCACCAACUUUGACAUUUGUAGGUACGAUGUCGAGAGAAUCAUGGCUAGUAGUACACUACUGGCAGGCGAGCUAGCUCGAAGAAACAAAGAAGUAGAUACAACCGUUGCGCCAAACAACAACGGCACCAAUUCAAAUAGCACCACCGAUUGGAAGACGACAUUGUAUAACAAUCAGCAACAACAGUCCAUAACUGCAUUAGGAGGCUAUCGAAACGCGUCGUUUACAAUGGCAUUACAAGAUUUGAUCGGAACAGAAUCGUUAAACACAGCGAGUCAAUUUUCAAAUUCAUCGUCAUUGGUAACAAGAGAAGGCAGCCCGGAGAAGACAAAGGUGGCAGCAGUAAAUGGUGUGAGCUCGUGGUACCCAUGGCCAGCAGCGAUAGCCAUGGCACAUUUACCUGUUUUUGCAGCUUGGAACGACACUUAAAGAAAAAGAAAACCCUUUAUUUAUUAUUGUUUUUUGCAUGAAAAGAAAGAAAAGAAAGACAAAAAUGAUGAUGAUGAUGUCGAAUUUUGAUUAGAACGUGGUUUAAAAUUGUGUUUGAUUCCAAGAACUGGAAGUGAGUAAUGAUUAAUUUGUGAAUGAUUUGAUGUUAGUGAGAUAUAAAGUUGAUGAA